GUAUAAGGCGAGUGCUACGCGCUCACACAUUUCUUCCUCCACGCGCUUUCCCAUUUCGACUCUUACUGCAUCUGCAGGAGCAGAGAGCGAGAGAGAGAGAGAGAGAGAGAGAGAGAGCGAGCAAGGACAGGAGAGAGAAAAUCUCAAUUCUAGGGUUAAGGUUUUCCCCUAUAAUCUUCACCUGGUCCGAUUUCGAAUCAAGAGCAAGAUGGGCGUCAAUUCGUUGCCAUCGGAAUCGAGCAACGAUCUCGACGAGCAGAUCGCUCAGCUCAUGGAGUGCAAGCCACUCUCAGAGCAACAGGUUAGAGCUUUGUGUGAGAAGGCUAAGGAGAUACUAAUGGAAGAAAGCAAUGUCCAGCCUGUGAAAAGCCCUGUUACAAUUUGUGGCGAUAUUCAUGGGCAGUUUCAUGAUCUUGCUGAACUUUUUCGAAUUGGAGGGAAGUGUCCAGAUACAAACUACCUCUUUAUGGGAGAUUAUGUGGACCGUGGGUAUUAUUCUGUUGAAACUGUGACGCUCUUGGUGGCCCUGAAAGUGCGUUAUUCUCAGCGGAUUACUAUUCUUAGAGGAAACCAUGAAAGUCGUCAGAUUACUCAGGUUUAUGGAUUUUAUGAUGAAUGUUUGCGAAAGUAUGGCAAUGCUAAUGUGUGGAAGAUCUUUACAGACCUUUUUGACUAUUUCCCAUUGACUGCCUUGGUUGAGUCAGAAAUUUUUUGUCUGCAUGGUGGGCUGUCACCUUCAAUUGAAACCCUCGACAACGUAAGGAAUUUUGAUCGUGUUCAAGAGGUUCCUCAUGAAGGACCCAUGUGUGAUUUGUUAUGGUCUGACCCAGAUGACCGGUGUGGUUGGGGUAUUUCACCUCGUGGUGCUGGGUAUACUUUUGGACAGGAUAUAUCUGAACAAUUCAACCAUACAAACAACCUAAAGUUGAUUGCUAGAGCUCAUCAACUGGUUAUGGAUGGAUUUAACUGGGCCCAUGAACAAAAGGUGGUUACUAUAUUUAGUGCACCCAAUUAUUGUUAUCGCUGUGGGAACAUGGCUUCUAUAUUGGAAGUUGAUGACUGCAGAAGCCACACGUUCAUUCAGUUUGAGCCAGCUCCUAGGAGAGGAGAACCAGAUGUUACCCGCAGAACACCUGAUUAUUUCCUAUAAAACAGCUGUCUUUGUGUCAUAAUGAUAACCGGUUCCUUACCAAACUAGAUAUUCUCAUUACUCUGCUCUGCACCCUUGUGUGGGGGAUAUAAAAUUUAUGACUUCUUCCUUGCCAUGCUUUUCUGGUGGUGGUUGUGGGAGCCCAGUAAGAUGUAUUAUAGGCAGGUAAAAUGCUCACUGAUUUUGUCUUGCACUUUAAACCUUGCUGGAUUUCCUGUCAGAGAUUGCCUAGCUGACAGCAUGGAGCGCGAAAUGUAUUAUUUCUACUAGAAGCGUCAGUAAACUUUUUUUUUUUUUUUUGGUUUCCAAGAAUGAUUGGCUGUAGUGGUGACAAGACAAUUUUGCUUUUCUCAAUUCAAAGUCUACUAGUUUCCAUUU